AUGCUUGGAGUUAGGAUGGAGUUGGAGAUGUUGAAGAACGGGUGUCGGACAGAUGGCAGGAAGUUGAUGUUCCGGAGCCAUCCACCUGCUUUGCGUGACCGCGAAGCUCGCCGCGAAGCUCGCCAGCUGUGGGACGAACCUCGCGCACAGCGAGGUCUCCUGGCAUGUAGCGGCCUUGCCUUGGCAGCCGCAGGGGCCGCCGCACGCCGCGCACGCGGCGUGAAUCGCCGCCGGUGUGUGGUGGGGCGCCGGGCCAAUGCUGCAGUGGAGGAUGGUUUACCACGAAGAGCUGCCAUAGGUGUGGCGGGUCUGGCGUUCACCGUGCUCGGCUUGAAGCGCUUCGCCAUCGAUGGGCCUCCGGAGUUCGAUCCGCAGCCCAGCUCGCUGCAAGGGAAGACGGUGGUGAUCACCGGAGGGAACACAGGCCUGGGCCGCGAGAGCGCCGUGCGCCUGGCGCGCGCGGGCGCCAGGGUGGUGCUGACCACGCGGAGCGAGGCCAAGGGGGUCCAGGCGGUGGAGCAGGUGAAGGCAGCCAGUGGCAGCAGUGAUGUAUACUUCCUGAAGCUGGACUUAGCAGAUUUGUCAGAUGUGAAGUCUUUCAAACAGCGCUUCAGCGCACAGCCCUAUGGAGACCACAUCGAUGUGUUGAUGAACAACGCCGGUGUCAUGGCCAUCCCCCAGAGGCCAUACGUCGAACAGGUUCGUUCCGGGCAGUCCUGGAUGUCUAUGCAGGACGGCUUCGAGGAGCAGUUAGGCCGGGCGACCCGCCGCGUGGAGCGGUUCAUGGCGGUUCAUGGCGGCUGGAGCGGUUCUGGUCGAACGGCAACGGAUGUGCAUCACCAGCCCUCGUGGUUGAGCCAAAGCCAUUUGCAGUUCACGGAGAAGCUCUUCAGCAAGGGCAUCAAGACGCACCAAAUCUUGGUAGCACAGACCCUCCACAAGAUGACGGGGACGGUGCCGCAGGUGGCCUUCGUUGGGCGCUCCAACGUGGGGAAGUCCACACUACUGAACAUGAUCCUGCAUGGGCGCCCCGCACCUGUGUCGCCCUUCUUGAGCGAGAGUAAGAAGUUGCGGAAUCCCAAAGCAGCACCGGUCUCCAACAAUCCGGGCAGGACGAGGCACUUGUUCCGCUUCGAGUUGGGCGCGGCGCUGGAGUUGGUCGACCUGCCAGGCUACGGCUUCGCGAAGACCUCCAAGGAGGUCCGAGAAAGCUGGCGAGAACUGGUUGACAACUACUUGAGCAACGCCGACCACCUGGAACGUGUGAUCUCCUUGGUGGACGCGCGCGUGGGCGUGAAGUCCUCCGACGAGCAGCUUUGGGACUUGUUGUUGGAACGGGAGCGCCAGAUCAUGGUGGUGCUCACGAAGGCGGACCAAUGUACACCGGACAUGCUGAACAGAACCAUGGCACAUGUCGUGUCUUUCUUGGAGACCAUGCCGUCCAGCUACGUGUGGCCCUAUGUGCAUGCCGUCUCUGGACUGGAGGGGCAUGGCGUGGACUUCCUGAGGGCCAGCGUUAGCAUGGUGGCAUCCGACUAUUUGGCCAGAAAAGCAGGGAAUUCUUCGCGCCAAGCGCGGUGGUGGGUUUGGUAUUCUUCGCUGGGAACGGAAGGGUUGGUCAUGCUUGCUGGGUGCAGUGAGGUUCGUGUGAGGAGACCGUUUUGGUGUCGUAAGGUGGUAGAGACUCUACGGUAG